AUCCAUUUCAGUGACGUACAGAUAUUCGGGUGGAAAUGGCAUCAUUCAAUUCCAUCUUCUUCCUUUUCUUCUUAUUCUUUCUUGCUGUUUGUGGUCAGGCUCACCCCAACUAUGGUGAUGCUUUGGCGAAAUCGAUUCUUUUCUUUCAAGGCCAAAGGUCUGGUAGACUCCCACCCAACCAAAAAAUGACUUGGAGAUCAAGCUCAGGGAUCUCCGAUGGCUCGACUGCCCACGUGGACCUGUCCGGUGGUUACUACGACGCCGGCGACAAUGUGAAGUUCGGCUUCCCUAUGGCAUUCACCACCACUAUGUUAUCAUGGAGCGUGCUCGAAUACGGCAAGCGCAUGGGCCCAGAACUCGGUAAUGCAAGGGCUGCAAUCCGCUGGGCUACGGACUACCUUCUUAAGGCCGCUACAGCCACUCCAGGAAAACUCUACGUAGGUGUAGGUGACCCAAAUGCCGAUCACCAUUGUUGGGAGCGUGCAGAGGACAUGGACACUCCUCGAACCGUCUACUCAGUCUCUCCAGAUAAACCAGGCUCUGAUGUGGCUGCAGAGACUGCCGCCGCACUCGCCGCCGCAUCUAUGGUUUUUCAGAAGGUCGAUCCAACGUACUCAAAAGUGCUGCUCACCACUUCAAAGAAGGUGAUGGAUUUUGCAAUUAGAUAUAGAGGAGCCUACAGUGACUCGCUUGGCUCAGCUGUCUGUCCCUUCUAUUGCUCUUAUUCCGGAUAUAAGGAUGAGCUAUUAUGGGGAGCUUCAUGGCUUUUACGGGCAACCAACGAUCCUUAUUAUUUCGGUCUUUUGAAAUCUCUUGGAGCAGACGAUUCGACUGACAUCUUUAGCUGGGAUAACAAAUUCGCCGGUGCUCGAGUUAUUCUAUCAAGGCGAGCAUUGCUCAUCAAAGACCCUGCAUUUGAACCGUUCAGAUUGCAAGCUGAGAAUUUCAUGUGCAGUAUUCUACCCAAUUCUCCUUCUUCAACUACCCAAUACACACCUGGGGGGCUAAUGUACAAGAUGGGCCAAAGCAAUCUGCAAUAUGUUACAUCCAUAACAUUCCUUCUCUCAACCUAUGCAAAAUACAUGCAGUCAUCUAGACAGACCUUCAGAUGUGGUAGCCUUCUGGUUACCCCAAAUGUCCUCAGAACCCUAGCCAAGAAACAGGUGGACUACAUUCUUGGGGAGAAUCCCCUGCAGAUGUCCUACAUGGUGGGAUAUGGGCCUCGCUUUCCUACUCGGAUUCACCACAGAGGAUCUUCCCUUCCCUCGAUGUCCAGUCACCCGGAGGCCUUUGGUUGCGACGGAGCUUUCCAGUCAUUUUUCUACACAAGCAAAGCUAACCCGAAUAUCUUGACCGGGGCCGUUGUUGGGGGCCCAGAUCAGAAUGAUAAAUAUUCGGACGACCGCACUGAUUACAGCCAUUCAGAGCCUGCCACGUACAUCAACGCUGCACUUGUGGGCCCAUUGGCAUACCUAGUUGGGAGCUAUGGUUAAUGAUGUAAUUGUAUUUGAAUUGGAAAUGUGUUGGCUUUGUUGUCUACCAUUUCUCUAUCAAUGAAAAACCAUAAUGGUUUUGCAUCUAAA